AUGAACGGGGUGGCCCGGCGGCUGGGGCCCACGGCCCUCGUGCUGGAGCUCGACGAGGAGCGCCUGCUGCCGUACCUGUGCUGCCCGCGGGAGCACCUCGUGUCCUCCGCCAGCGUCACGGGCGUGGGGUACCGUGCCAGCAAGAGCCUGCAGGACCGGCACUCGUCCAGAGAGUACGCGAGCUUCGGGGACGUAGUGGAAGGGGUCGACGAGGGCGACGGCUGGGUGAGAGUGGCGUGGGACCCCGAGAGCUUCGGCCUGCUCGACCAGUUCGAGCUGGACCAGAUGUGGGUCCUCGCGAGGCGAGAGGGCGCGGAGGUCCACGAGGCCCUCGAGGCCGUCUGCGAGCGCUGCCCCCCGGACGAGCUGCUCCCUUCCUGGCUGGACCCUGCGCGCGACCUGCACCUGGCGGACGCUUGUAUCGCGGCGGUGGCCCUCGGACACCGCCUCGUGCUGCUGGUGGCUGGCGAGAGCCACGUGGACCCCGUGGCCGCCGAGCUGCUGCGGCGCAGCCGCUCGGCGGGUGGGCCCGUCACUGGCGCCGCUGACAGGAGCCCGCGGCGGCUGGCGGCAGCUGGGCCGCGCACCGCCCGGUUUUCCUUUGCAGGGAGGGGGUGGACGCGGUGUUGGCGCGGCGGGAGCAGCUGCGAGGCAUGGCCACGCCGGAGGAGAUCCGGGGCGCCCUGCGGGACUUCAUGGCUGGCCUGGCGCGCGACCAGGCCUCCUCUGCCGGCCCGGGCUGCCGAGGCCCGCCCCCGCUGCGCCGCUUCGCGCUCGCCGCGGGCCUGCAGGACGAGGCGGCGGGGGCCUGCCGCGAGGCAGCCGCCCUCCUGGCG